CUUUAAAUAAUAUUUUAUGUUUUAUGGAAAGUUCUUUUACAAAAAUAUUGCCGAAAGAUUAAAAAAAAAAGGAGAAAGAUAAUUCAUGUGAUUCGACAGCUUUUAUGUAGAGUAGAACCGCUUUUGAUCUGUUUGUAAGUUAAAGAACUAUUGAAAGACUUAUCAUACUUCCAAAAAAAGAAAGAUGUUUUUUGUGUUGGCACGACUGCGCAUGUCCCCCAUCUGUCAAAAUAUACCAAAUCCACCCCAAUCAGUGAAGCAUAGUCGCUGGUCGCAACGAAACUGGAUACAGCAGUCAUUUGCCGUUAGUGGAAUUUUUCGGCGCUUCCAAGGUACAAGAACAUCAGAAAAACCAAUUUAAAGCGACGGUGAUAAGAAAAUCAGUUUUUCGCAAAAGUACUAUUUACAUAUGGGAAGAUAAAUACAUAAAAGUAUAUAAUACUGUGCAAUUGAGAGGCGUUACCCAAAAUGAUCUACCCAUUCAUGCGAAUAACACGUGCACUACGCAAUUGUUAUCGUUGCCUUUUAUUUUUGCUUCUUCUCGUGCCCAUAACGAUCGGUGUGUUCGGUCUAUUUUGCACGACUUAUUUGGAACAUGAUGUAAUACCCAACGUAUGCCAGUCUUACAGUCAAAACCAAACCAGCGGCGCAUUGUGCAAAGAAAUCUGCAACAAAGCGUCGGCCUUUAGCAAUUACAACUGCAUUAACGGGCUGCCAUUCGCAUUUACCGCCGAAAGAAAUGGAAAUGUUUACGAUUUCCAAUUGGCAAUGGAAAAGCGUGACGGACUGACAUGGCGCGAUAAGAACGGCGACGAUGUUUAUCCAAAAUCUGCGGAUUUGUAUCACAUGAUCAAAAUGCAUCUAUUGGUUAAUUAUAAUGUGACGCUGGAAGAUAAUGCGCUAAAACACUUAAUUAACCAUGAAAUUGAUGAAAAUCAACCGACUCAAAUAAAAGAUUUCUGGUACCUUUUCAAUGACAAUGACUAUGUGAUGGCUAAGCUAUUUGAAGAUGAAGCUAUAUUCCCAACCAUACUGGGCAAUUGCGGUAGCAUGUAUGUAGCGGAGCAUUUACGUAUUCCAUUUGAGGCAAGAACUGGUGGCCCACAUAAAUAUCUGAACUUCAAAACCCUAUACGAAUAUGUAUUGCGGUUGGAUAUGAUCAAACCGGAUCCGGUGAAAAUCUGCAAAAUUAGCAUGGAUCAUUUUGGCUUAACGGUAGACAAUAGAGUCAAAGCUCUGCACGCGCGCUACAUGCAACUGGAGAGUCAACUGCAUAAGAAGCUGACGAACGGUAAACCUUGUUGGUACGACGCCGAUUGUCAUUGGCACGACUGUCGUGGUAGCUGCAAGAAAGAAAUGUGCAUCGACGCGCCAAAGCAGAAUAAUGUACAUCGGUUGUGUGAAUAUGUGAAACUCUUUCCAGAUCAAUUUUAUUACUUUCUCGUACAGCACGAGAUGCGGCAACUCUAUGAGGAUAAAUGCAAGCGAAAGUACACAGUCAAUUAUUGGUAGAGACAUAUAUAAUACAUACAUAUGUAUGUGGACACACUCGAACGAUAUACAUAUGUAUGUACAUACAAACAUACAUGACUUGCUGACACACAUAUUUACAUACUCAGCUACUCAUGUACAGAUCGGGGACAAUUCCUUCAUAACCCGGAAUUCUCAGAGCGGCCCAUUGCUCUGCAACAAUUUGUGUGGUUCUUUUCUCCAAUAAUUGAUGGAUCAUACGUAUGACAUAUAUACAUAUAUGAUAUACUAAUACGUACUGACAGACAUACAUACAUUUAGGACAGCGUUGCACUUCUUGAUAAGUAUUGCAGUUUUAUAAAAUAGAAAGUACUCAUUGCCAAAUAUAACUGUAAAUACAUGCACGUGUAUACAUACAAACGUACAAAUCAUAUAUGCCAUUAGUUUUGAAAAGCUCCAAAAUCGCCAAUAUCACUUUAUUUACAAAAAUGAAAAAAACUUUACAUGGAAAAUAAAUAAUCUUGGUACAAGCAACAAAAAGAAAGUGUUCGUUCUAAUAUGUCUUUCGUUUUUUUUUUAUUUUUACUGAUUUUACAUUCAUAAUAUAACUUCUUUUCUCGUUUUUAAUAUUAUAAUCGCAACAGUUAUUAUUUUUUUCACUCACUUAUCAAUUAUUUUAUGUAUGUAUGUAUAUGCGCUUUUACAAUGUUAAAACGUGUUUGCAAUUCUUUAAUGCGUUUUUCAUUUAUUUACUUCUUUUUUGUAUAAUUAUUUAUUUAAAAAAAAAAUUGUAUUAUCUAUUUAUUUUUUAUUAUUACUUAAUAAUAAUAUUAUUAUUAUUAAUUUUUUUUAUUAUUUAAUUAUUAUUUUUUUUAUUAUUAUUUACUUUAUUAUUCUUAAGAAAUAUUAUUUAAUAUUUAUUUCUAUUAAUAUUAUUCAUUUAGUGUUUUUUUUAUUAUUUCUUAAUAUACCAUAUUAAUAUUAGAUUUAAAUUAGAAACUACUUGUUUUCCUUAACAAUGUCAGUAUGACUGCGUCUAUUUGAGUCUAACGUGUGUGUUUGAAUUACUUUUUGUAGCGUUACUUACGCCAACUACGUUGCAAGUAGCACGUGCAACAAAGCAUAUAGUACAUAGAUGCAGCACAAAACAAAAAUAAAAAUAUUUCUUUGUGGUACGUGCGUUGUAGCGGGCUUUAGCAGCAGCAGAGAGGCUUCGACUUAAAGUCACUAAGACUGUGUUCAGACGAGGACUCUUCAUGUCGCCCAUUAUCGACAAAUUUGGGAUGGCUCAUUGUGUUCACACGAACGACACGACUGCGACAAUUUGAGUCGAACAAUUUUCUGCAUUUUCUUUCAUAUCACAUACUCAAAUUCUUGUACGCUACAAGUACGCGCUGCACAAAAAUAUUUUUGUUUAACCAAUUUUUAUUCUCAUUCAACAUUUUCUAAAAUAUUUCUUUUAUAUAAUAUACAUAUUUGCAUACUACAUACAAAAAAUAGAUAAUAAAAUUCGAAUUUGCGCAUAUUAGGUGAAGAUUCAUUUGAAAUCGAGCGCUAUUGCAACUAUGAAAGGAGUUUCAUAAUAAAAAGGAAUGCCGAAUUGCGCAGCAGCUGUUACGAACAAAGCGUGACACCCGACCACGAGCGGCACCGUGCCUACGACAGUCGGGUCUACAUAAUCGGAACGAAAUCAGAUUUUUAUCCAGCCAAGAACUGUCCACUGAACAGUAUUUUGCCGCCACUACAACAACAACCACGAGCGGUACGGCCCCUUCGUCGUUUUAUCGUCAUCCCCUCGCCUAUAAAAAAAAAACAAAUCUGUUUGGGCGACACAUGAGUUCUCAUGUGAACAUAGUCUAAUUGCUAGCACAAUUUUAGACACAUACCAAUGGAUUACAAAAGAAAGUCUUUAAAAAAAAAAGUGCGUAUCAAAGCGCUGUUGGCGGCGACAUAACAGGCAAUCCAUUCAAUACGAAAGGCAACUACAGUACAGCGUUUGGUUCGAGUGCGUAACAAAACUGAAAAUUUAUUUUCGCAAAUCAAAAUUAACGCUUAACAAUGCACACAAAAUCGUUUUCACUUUGCUUGGUUUGUUUUUCGUUUAAUUUUGCUUACUUUUUAUACAUGCUAGAUACUCAUGAUUGGUUUUGGUUGCUUAUUUAAUUUGUUUUUGUUUUUGUUGUUUACUUUAGAAUUUUGAUUACACAAUUUAAUUGCUUCCGCAAAAAGCAGCUGAGCGCAACUUCAAUAUUACAUACAUACAUUACAAUAGUAAGUAGUUAUAAGCAUUUGUUUCUUAUCGUUUCAUUUAAAAUUAUAAAAUAGUAGAAAAUCUAGGUAGAAAUUUACAAAAAUGUGCAAUUUGUUUAAAGUUUUCAAUUAAACUUUCUUCUUUAUUGACUUGAUCUAUUUAUUAUUUGCGUCAAUUGCGUCAUUGUUAUCAUUGUGUAGCCUUUCCCUUAAUUUCGUUAUUUUUAUUUUAUAUUAUAAUUGUUUUUUUAUGAAAAUAGCUAUUUUAUUUGUAUUUAGUUAUGUACGUUGACUGCGUGAAAUUUGGUAUUUCAAACAAACUAGAAUUGCGUUUCAGUUAAAGUCAACAAAACGGCUUACUUUUAUAACGUUGUGUGGCGCUUUUGCAUUUUUUAAAUUUUUUUUCUGACUUUUUUUUUGUUAUUCUAAAUAAAACUGAAUAUUAUACCAAAAAAAAAUUGUUUUUUUUUCUUAACUUUUUGUUGUUGUUUUUUUCAGACGACUUGCAAGCAGUUGCUUUACAUUUGACUUUGUUCAACUUAAAUAUUAUAGACUUUAUUACAGUAUUAAAAAGUAUCUUAACGUUAGUGAUGAAUAUUGUUGUUUGAUGUGGAGCAUAAUUUUAUACGAGUCUAUGGUGUUUUGCAUAAUUCAAAAUAAAACUUUUUCAACUAAAUACUAUUUGAAUAUUAUAACAUGUUUCACUUUACGGCAUAAGCAAAUGGUAAUGAUUUUGUAUACUUAAUUGUGUGUACGUGUGUUUGCAUAUUGCAUGCAUUUUACUUAGAAAAUAACAAAACAAAAAAAAAA